UCAUGAAUUGCGUCUCAGCUAAGGGUUAGCGAAUUAUUCCAUCUCUCUGGCCUCCCCAGCAUGAACCGCCAGUUCACUUGCAAGUCGGGGGCCGCCGCCAAGGGGGGCUUCAGCGGCUGCUCAGCAGUGCUCUCAGGGGGCAGCUCGUUCUCCUACCGGGCAGGGGGCAAAGGGCUCAGCGGGGGCUUCGGAAGCCGGAGCCUCUACAGCCUGGGGGGUGCCCGGAGCAUCUCCCUCAACAUGGCCAGCGGCAGUGGGCGGGCAGGGGGCUAUGGGUUUGGUCGAAACCGGGCCAGUGGCUUUGCUGGCAACAUGUUUGGCAGUGUGGCCCUUGGGCCUGUGUGUCCAACUGUGUGCCCUCCAGGAGGCAUCCACCAGGUCACUGUCAACAAGAACCUCCUGGCCCCCCUCAACGUGGAGCUGGACCCUGAGAUCCAGAAAGUGCGCAGCCAAGAGCGGGAGCAGAUCAAGGCUCUGAACAACAAGUUUGCCUCCUUCAUCGACAAGGUCCGGUUCCUGGAACAGCAGAACCAGGUGCUGGAGACCAAGUGGGAGCUGCUACAGCAGCUGGACCUGAACAACUGCAAGAACAACCUGGAGCCCAUCCUCGAGGGCUACAUCAGCAACCUGCGGAAGCAGCUAGAGACGCUGUCCGGGGACAGGGUGCGGCUGGACUCGGAGCUGCGGAGCAUGCGGGACGUGGUGGAGGACUACAAGAAGAGGUAUGAGGAGGAAAUUAACAAGCGCACAACUGCCGAGAAUGAAUUUGUGGUGCUUAAGAAGGAUGUGGAUGCGGCUUACAUGAGCAAGGUGGAACUGCGGGCCAAGGUGGAUGCUCUGGAUGGAGAGAUCAAAUUCUUCAAAUGUCUGUAUGAAGGGGAGAUUGCUCAGAUCCAGUCCCACAUCAGUGACACAUCUGUCAUCCUGUCCAUGGACAACAACCGGAACCUGGACCUGGACAGCAUCAUCACUGAGGUCCGCGCCCAAUAUGAAGAAAUAGCCCUGAAGAGCAAGGCCGAGGCUGAGGCCCUGUACCAGACCAAGUUCCAGGAGCUCCAGCUAGUAGCUGGCCGGCAGGGGGAUGACCUCAAGCACACCAAGAAUGAGAUCUCCGAACUGACUCGGCUUAUCCAAAGGCUGCGCUCAGAGAUUGAGAGUGUGAAGAAGCAGUGCUCUAACCUGGAGAUGGCCAUCGCCGAUGCCGAGCAGCGGGGCGACAGUGCCCUGAAGGAUGCCUGGGCCAAGCUGGACGAGCUGGAGGCCGCCCUGCACCAGGCCAAGGAGGAGCUGGCCCGGAUGCUGCGGGAGUACCAGGAGCUCAUGAGCACGAAGCUGGCCCUGGACGUGGAGAUCGCCACCUACCGCAAGCUGCUGGAGGGCGAGGAGUGCAGGAUGUCUGGAGAACACACCAAUUCUGUGAGCAUUUCAGUCAUCAGCAGCACGGUGGCCGGGACCACGGGCACGGGAGCUGGCUUUGGUUUCAGCGGUUCUGGCACCUUUGGUUACCGGCCCAGCUCCGUCUCGGGGGGCUACGGCAUGCUGUCCGGGGGCUGUGUCACUGGCAGUGGCAACUGUGGCCCCCGCGGGGAGGCCAAAACCAGGCUGGGCAGUGCAAGCGAAUUCAAGGACGCCCAGGGGAAGACCUCAGCUCUGAGCUCCCCCACCAAGAAAACCACAAGAUAAAGUGAAAGUGUAUUUCCCCACUGUCCACCUCACCCUGGUUUCCUCUGGACUCCCUUCUCCAGGACACUCCUGCAUCACAUUUAUCAUCGUCUCCUUCUUGCUUUUCCUUGCCACUGACAUUCCCUCUCUUCUACCUCCUGCCUUAGUCUUCCUUCGUUCAGCAUCUGGAUUCUAGCCCAUCCUGCUGCCUCCAUACUAAGAGACUCCCUAACUCAGGCUCCCCUUCCUGAAGCGUUGCCAAGGAUGAAGACCCAGAUCUUUCCCUGGCCCGCACAGCCCCUUGCAGAGAAAGGUCUCUCUCAGCAGUCCCCCCCUCCACAGCCUGGCCUUAGAGAGUUAUUUGGCCACAUGCUGCCUGGGUUCAUGAGAUUACAGGGCCACCGACAGACCCACAAAGACUGUCUCCUGUUACAGCAACAGCAGCUCAGGCAAAACACUAGGUUACGGGUUCUAUCUUGCGUGGCCCCUACACGUUUACAGAGCUGGGAGUAGCCCUGGAGAUUGGUCUUAUCCAUGAAGGGAUUUGUGCCUUCAAUACGUGAGUUCCUUUCCUUGUUCAGGUCUUACCUCUCUAAUUCCCGCAUCUCACCAAUAAACUUAAUAAAACUCAUGCAGGACCAGGCUGCUUCUCUCUUCUACGGGAAUCCUCAUCUCAGACCACCUAUUUUCUUCUUCUUCUUUUUUUUAAUGUUUAUUUAUUUUUGAGAGAGAGAAAGAGAGAGAGAGAGAGCAGGGGAGGCACACACACACACACAGAGAGAGAGAGAGAGAGAGAGAGAGAGAGAGAGAGAGAGAGGAAGCAGGGUCCAGGCCCUGAGCUGUCAGCACAGAGCCCGACAUGGGCCUCGAACCCAUGAACCACGAGAUCAUGACCCAAGCUGAAGUUGGACGCUUAACCCACUGAGCCACCCAGGAGCCCCUCAGACCACAUAUUUUCUAUCUGUGGCGGUAAAUGACCUGAAACCUGGGGCAUCGAGGUCUGGUGUGUUCCACAGCACCCCAGAGUAUCUUUUAAUCUGAGAGAAAGAUCCUUGCAUGGACUGCAGGAUCCCACUGGAUUUUAUGAUACCCUGGAGUCAUUUCUUACCCCAUCCCCAGUAGCUGCGCCUUCAAGUCAUGUUUUUCUCAAGCCAGUGCUCCAGUGAACAGGCAAUCUUGAAGAACGGGCUGCUUAUCAGCAGGGGGAGGGAGGCAGCAUUUAUCUUGUGGCAGGAUUUAAAAUUGAUCAAGAGACAGAAGGAAGCCAGUUCUGGAAAGCUUGGGGCUCGAGUUAUGGCUGCUCCCUGAUCUCUGGGAAAAGGCUGAAGUAGAUGGUCUUCAAAAAAUUGUUUUUCAAUGUCUGUUUGUUUUUGAGAGACAAAGACAGAGUGCAGGUGGCGGAGGGGCAGAGAGCAAGGGAGACACAGAAUUGGAAGCAGGCUCCAGGCUCUGAACUGUCAGCACAGAGCCAGACACGGGGCUCGAACCCACGAACUGUGAGAUCAUGACCUGAGCCAAAGUGGACGCUCAACCGACUGAGCCACCCAGGCGUCCCCAAUUGGUUUAAUUCUUU